GAAUAUUGGGGGAAGAGAACAGAGAAGAACGGAUGAAAACACCCCUUUUGAGGGAAGAAGCGGAGGAAUAUUGAGGAAGAGGAAGAAGAAGAAGAAGAAGAAAAAGAAGAAGAAGAGAUCAAUCAAGAAACCAAUGGAUUCACGCAGAGCACAGAAAGUUGCUGUUGGGAACCAAUUCGAUCGCCUACCCGACGAUGUUCUUCUCUUGAUCAUCAACAAAAUUAUCGACUGCAGAACCCUAAUUCAAUUGUCUUUAGCCUCCAAGCGUUUCAAUUCUCUUGUUCCUUACACAGAUACAGUCGAAGUAUGCCUGAGUUCCUCAACGCUUACCAAAAUCAUGGACUCCGGAGCUCUCAGUCUCACCUGUAACGUUUCUACUACGCUCAAGAAAUUUGGUGCACUUAAGGAUCUCCGCAUCAAGAUUCAAUCGAAAACUGAUCAGGAAGAUGGAUUUUCCUUGAAGCUGGUUGUUCUUUACGACAACAAGCUCGAUAUGUGUUUCGUCUUCGUGUUCAGGAGCGAAGCAGAGGAAACAGAUUGGCAAAGCGUUGAGCAUCUUCUUCUACUAGGUUCCGAACACCAGAGGCUCCAAAGCAUCCUGAUUUCGGAUUCAGAGAAGAUGAAUGCCAUCUGUUUGAGUCCGGAAAUUGUUGCACAGUGGACAAGUGUUGUGGAAAGUAACAAUGGAGAGGAUGCAACCAUUCUGGUGAGCAUUGCUCUGGAACCAGAAGAUAUCCUGAGCCAAAGUUUCACUUCUGUUCUGGAGUUGCGGCCUGGAUGAAUGGUUAAAUAGUUUCAACCUGUUAAUAGUGUUGAUAGGUAGGAAGUCUUGUUAAUUCUUGCGAAAAAAGAAACACAAAGGCAUUGCGGUUCUUGCAUUCUUGAUUCUACAUUGCUUCUUUUUAUUUUUAGAAUUUUGAUGAUUGAUAAAGAAAUUAACAAUUUUCAC